AUGGAUCCGCCGCCCACCAAGGAAGAGCUUGCACGAAUGCGCCGAGAGUUCGAAGCCGCGCGCGGCUUCGAAGAGGAGGACGACCUCCUGUACGCCUUCAAGCCGGUUGUCGAGCAUCCACCAGCCGUGGCCGCCAACCACACCGUCGCUCCACCUCGUCGCCAGCCCGUUGUCGAGCGUCCACCACCUGUCGCCGCCCAUAGCUCCGGCAUUCCACCUCGCUACCCAUCACCAACUCCCAGGGCACAACUCCCGCGCCAGUACAACCCCCACACACAUGGCGCUUGGCGUCCAUUGGGUCCACCACCUGUCGCCGCCCAUAGCUUCGGCAUUCCACCUCGUUACCCAUCACCAACUCCCAGGGCAACACUCCCACGCCAGUACAACCCCCACACACAUGGCGCUUGGCGUCCAUCGAGUCCACCACCUGCCGCCGCCAAUCGCAUCGGCAUUCCACCUGGUUACCCACCAUCGGGACCUCUCUAUGAGUUGGUCCUCCAAGAAGUCCGUUUCGAGACACCUCGUCAUGUGAAGGUAUCAAUUCCACAGCAGUACAAUUCGAUUGCACAAGGCGGUUGGCGUCCAUCGAGUCCACCAACUGCCGCCGCCAAUCGCAUCGGCAUUCCACCUGGUUACCCACCAUCGGGACCUCCCUAUGAGUUGGGCUCCCGAGGACUCCAUUUCGAGACACCUCGUCAGAUGGUGCCAUCAAUUCUGCACCAAUACAGUCCGGUUGCACAUCAACCUUGGCGUCCAUCGAAUCCACCACCAAAUGCUGUUGGCGGCGGUGCUCUAGCGCUAGACCGCUUCAACGCGACUCAACUCGGCGAACAUCCAGCUCAGCAAGUUCCGCUGCCCAUUGUCAGGCGUGUUCGUGUCCAGUCAUGCCCUGCGGGUUUCGUGCAGGAAGUGGAAGAGCAGGUGUCUCCUCGUGGCGGCUGGACCGGCCAGCCUUUAGGCACUCCCGAAGCUCACUAUGGCUAUCAGAUCCACGACGGCUUCAUCACUGAAGACCGUUGGAGAGAACUUCCCGCCAAUGUGAAGAAACAGAUCUACGAGCAGCGAUCGAUCAAGGAACAUCGGGCCAGCCGGGUCCGCCUUGGUCUGGGCCGCCCUUCUGUGCCGACCGGUCCUCGAAACGAGAUGGCCAUGACCCACAAGAGGCGCAACAGCCACGGGUCGAGAAGCUCUGAGGGUGUAGCAGGCGAUCAAGCGGGAAAGCAGUUGACGAGUCCUCAGUGGAGUCGUAACAAAGGGGUCUGGAAGGCAACAUUUGGUGGCAACUACCUUGGUGGUUCCUAG